UAUCACCCAUUUCCCUCAUUCUUCCCUUUCAUCUCUCACCCAAUUCGCCUGAUCGCAUGGCGGUCACACACGCCGACCUCUCGAUCGAUCGCAGCCGUUCAGACCAUGGUGGCAAAUUUGGAGUCUUUCUUAUGAUCUUUUCUAUACUAUGUGGCCUCUCUUGCUUCAUUUUGUGCCUCCUUGCAGAAGCUACAAAAUCCGAGGCGACAUGGAUACUUACGGGCAGUGAUGGCGACGGACAGAAAUACGAAUGUGUUUAUACCGGCAGCGGGAAGACUCCGCUAUUUUGCGCACUGGGUGCAUUCGUGGCCCUUGCGUGCGCCAUGGUGAUGAAACACACGUACAUAUUGGUUGCGGUUAGUAGACCUACGCCUCCGGCGUUGAUUGUGUGGGGCCCAGAUUCAGGAUCAUCUAAAGUGCUGACAUGGCAAGCCUGUUUUUUCUUUGUUACAACUUGGAUCUGCUUCGCGGUCGGGGAGGUGCUGCUGAUGAUCGGGAUCGGCAUCGAAUCGGGCCAUCUGAAAAGAUGGAGUAGGCCCAGGGCCACUUGCCUGGUCAUACGACAGGGCCUGUUUGCAGCUGCUGGAGUUUUCGGUCUAACGACGGUUUUCCUAGCCGCUGGCUUAUACCUGACUGCACUCAGGGCCCAGCGGCUACACCAGGCCGAGGCUAACGUGCGCCGGGAGGUGCUGGAAGCCUCCUAUCUCUACGCAUCUCCGGCGAGAUCGCCCCGGCAUCAGAUCCCCACAGGCUCGCGUGGAAACUCACGUGCCAGGCAAGAAAAUGUAGACCAGACCUCACGUGACAACGCGUCAUCCGUACACAAGCCUUCCAGUUCUGUAUAGCAGCUGUUGCAUGAAGGUUCUAUCCUGCGCAGUGUGAGUAAUGCGCAUGCGUUGCACAUGGGUAUUGAAAUCAUUGUGGGUCCCAUUCCAGUGUUUGAGUUCGGGCACAGCAUGAUUUGGGUCCCUUACGGAGCGUGCUAAUGUGCGCCACUGGAGCCACCAUAGGCAAAAGGACAUACCGGUGCAGGUUAGAACCGCUCCUUACAUGUAAAAAAAAAAAAAAAAAAAGCGUUCGAUGUAAAUAUGUAUACAGAAAGAGAAAUUGUCCGGUACAUCUGCAUUGCAUAGUAUUUUAGUGCAUCUCUCUCCAACUGAAACAGAUGGAUGGCCUGAUAGCACCGAUCAUCAACAUGGACGGAGCAUGAAAUUCUCA